AUGCCUCCGAAGCGCAAGCUUGUCGUUGUCCCACAGCUCGUGAUUAACAAGAAGAUGCGCCAAAAUAACACGGCAAAUCGUCGUCCUGCCGUCAAGGUCACGCAGUACACCAUGCCCAAAGCGCCAUCAGGCAUUCUGAGGCCUAUUAGGAAGGUGAUUGCACCCGAGCAGCCGUCUCCACCAGACUCGCCCAUGUCCUCCUUACGAUCGCAAUCCUUCCCAUCCACGGUCAUUGUCAAACCCAGCGGCCGCUACGAACUCGACCGCUACCCAUGGGACGAUUACCAAGACAGCAUCGUCGUAAACUCCAUCGAAGACGACUACGGCUCGCCGGACGAGUUCGCAGACGAUUUAACCGGCGUCAAGCACUACCUACACAUGUUAAACCAAAGGCCCUAUACGCGCAUCUGUACAGACUUCGACGAAUACCGGUGGCAUGGCACAAGCCGCCCAAACCACACACACGACUACGCAUACCAUGAAAUGGCCGCCGACGAUGAUACCUACACUUCCCUCCCCUUGCAAGUCCCCGACUACACAAAUCCAAUCUACACCGCCACCACUUCUAACCCCGCUGUAUUCCUCGCCAUCACCUUCAUCGCGUGCCACAACCUCGCCUUCCUCGACCUCACCAGCGCACUAAACCACAUCCCGAACCAUUCUCCCUCCCGCUUCGCGCCUAUAUCACUCACAAACAUCGCCCGCAUGCCCUACACCCCGCGCGCCACCGAUGUAUCCCUCACUCUCCUCUUCGCGCCAAAAUUCUACCCAGACGACACACACGCCAUCGGCUUCUACGGCGUCUCCGGCACAUGUCUCUUCACGCCUUGCUCGACCGCGCGGCUCGAGAAGUUUGGAUUGAUUGAUUGGGCGCACAAGGCGGGCGAUGGGAAGAGGAGGCAUGUUCGUGCCGUUGGGCGUCGUGGUGGGAGGUGGUUGAAGGGUGAGACGGUGGAGGAUUGGGAGGAGUGGAAGAAGAGUGUGAAUCGAGUGGGGAAGGGGUGGGGGAAGAGGGUUAGGGAGUUUAUGGGGCAGUAG